CAUUCAGGGUUCGAAAAUUCUUCUUCACUCCAAUUUCUUAUUUUUGAGGAAAUGGCUGUGGCUUGCAGGCGAUUGGCCCAAUUUUCGGACUUUGGGUUCUCAAAAUCGUUCACUUUCAUCUCAAGUCUCAGAUCAUUUUCCCAGAUGGCGAAAUCAAAUGGUCGGCGGUUCUAUGAUGCAUCCGCUAUUACUAGCGGACUUGAGGGGCAAGGAGUGCCCACAAAGCAGGCUCAGGCAAUAUCUGCCGGUAUAACUGAAGUUUUGGAAGAAGUACAAGAAUCAUUAAUGGAGAGGACUGAAAUGCUUCAAGAGUCCACCGAGACGAAAUUCAAAGCUGAAGUGCAGAGGUCACAGAUGCAGUUGCAACGUGAGAUUGAGAAACUAAGGAAUGAUAUGGAAAAGAAUAACAGGGAAUUGAGGUUGGCGAGGUUGGCUAUAGAUAGAGCUGAGAUUGCUUUCAAAGCUCAGGUAUUAACAACAGAACGUGUUAUUGGAUUUUAUUGCCUAGGAACUAUUUUUACGGUGUGUGGCGUUGCUUUUCUCGAAUUUCUUAGCCGAAAAUAAAUAGUCGUAGUCGUUGUAGUACAGUAGUUAGUUGAGGAGCAGGAGGUAGAAAGCUCUCAUUAUACAAAAAUGAUUUAGAUGACAGGUUUUGUUUGCCCUGUUUUUGAAGGGCAUGGAGGAUUGAUGACCUUACUCGCAUGUGUUCAUUUGUGGUAGUUGAACGCCGUACACUAUUCAAACUUCAUGAUACAAUGAAUGACACAACCCCAUGUCCCACUCCUAUGCACAACAAUGCCAUUACCUUCAAUUCCUAAUUUCAUUAUCUACUAGUCGAAUACCGUGCAUUUGCCCGGAA